AUAUAUAAACUUUGUGAAAUAGUGUGGUUAGUGUGGAGGAGGGUUGGCGAUGUCGGGAAGGAAGGGGCCGCCGAAGCACCAGAAUAGCUUCGCAUGGAACCCUAACGCCGGCCACAAGAAGAAUGAGACCGAAGUCGGGGGUAGGCUUCGGCCUUACUCGGAGAUCACUGGAGUUUGCCCCCGUUGCAAAGAUCAGAUCGAUUGGAAGCGCAAGUAUGGAAAGUAUAAGCCUUUAGUGGAGCCUGCUAAAUGCCAGAAAUGCAGUAAACGGACAGUGCGGCAGGCAUACCAUAACAUAUGCUCUGGAUGCUCUAAGAAUCUUAAUGUGUGUGCCAAGUGCUGUUGCCGUGUGGAACAGAUUGUUGGCAGGGAUAUUGCUGAGGUGGAUGCAGAGCAGAAGGCGCUAGAGGAGGCCAUUAAGAAUGCUAGGGAGAGAGAUAGAAGAACACUUCUUCGAGCGAUGAAUAAAAACAAAGGUGGGAAAGCAGCAUCAACUCCAAAAAUCGGAGACCGAAGCAGAGAGGGAGAAUUAUUUUCUGCAUCAUCAAUUGAUGAGUAUGCUGAACUUUCAAGACCAGAUGAGAGUGAUGAAGACGAUAUCCUUGUAUGCAAAUGAAAGAGUUCAAUUUUUGUAUUUUGAGACUCAAGCUGCAUAUAUUCCAGCAGCUUUCAUGUUAAAAAUAUUUUAUUUGAAAAAAAAAAUUUUAUUUGAUAUAAGUAGGUUGUCAAUCUUAUGUACCGGGGACAGCUUUGCUGUGUGAGUAUUAACCUUUUGUAGUAGAGUAAAGUUCACACUUUGUGUCCAAUUGUAUCCGUAUAUAUUUAUUAAGAAGGUUGCGUA